AUGCAGUCAAACACAGGUAGCGAGGUCUGGGACUCUCGAUUCGCUGACACGUCAGAUGAAAAUGACGCGUGGACGCCAUCGUCUGUUUCGACCGGCAACCUGAAAACAGACAAUAUCUUGCAAGACGUUAUGAUGCUAGUACGAAAUGAGUUACCCUACGUUCAGCGCGAGUUCCUCAAGUUUGACAGUCGCCUGGGCGCUGGCACUAGCUUUGAGGUCAAUAAAGAGCUGUUUGGUUUGACAGGCGAGUCGCCUUAUUUCGUUGCUGUCAAACGACUCGUCAUGGACAGCGUAACUGGAGGCACCAAACAGACUGUCGAGCAACUAAAACAGUCCUCAAAGCGCCUCAUAAAUGUCAAACGAGAAGUCCGGGUCCUCACUCACCCCAAGCUGCGAUCGCACAGCUGUCUCAUCUCAGCUAUCGCUUGGGGGUGGGAUCAAGAUCUCACCUUGGGCAACCGGCCCUAUCUCGUCAUGCCUUACUCGCCGCAUGGAACCCUGUCCAUAUUCGCUCAGAAAAGGAGCCUCAACCUGAUCGACAGGCGUUUGCUCGCCCUGGAUGUCGCCAUGGGUAUCCGUGCGCUACACGACUGUGACAUUGUACAUGGAGAUGUCAAACCUGACAACGUCCUGGUCUAUGGAUAUCUUACCCGGGAUCAAGACCAUGAACGUCACUAUCUGGCCAAGCUAGCCGACUUUAGGUGUACUCUUUUCAAACAUGACUUUGAACAACAGCACGAAUACUACCUCGGAACCCCCAAGUACAACGCUCCUGAAAUUUGUGGCUGGACUAAAGAUACUGACGAUGAGGCUCAUGGAGACGAGACUUCCAAAUUCGCGGGAUAUAAAGCUGCCGAUUGCUAUUCCUUUGGAAUUCUCCUUUGGGAAACUCUCAAACACGCAAAGUCAUUCAUCGAACACGACUGGCUCAACCCUGGCGAGAAUGCAAUGAGCUUCCUGGAACGGGCAUUUUACUCCCGGGACAAUGUCAUCUUAGACCUUGCUCUUGAAUUCCUUCGCUCUCAAGACAGUGAUCGAGGGACAUCAGAAGGAAAAGACUCCCAGCCGGUUGCCGGAGUAUAUCCUUAUCCAUCAAAUCCCACCACUGCCGAGCUCAACGGGUAUUUUGGCAAAUGGACCCAUCUUCGAGACGGCCUGGAUGCUAUCGGUGCACCACCAGACUCCCAGUGCUUCCAGGCCUUUGAAGCAACAAUUUCUUUGUGCUUACAAGAUAGUAUCUCGCGACGAGGUAACAUACAACAAAUCUUCGAGGCACUUUCUGAAGGAAUUGAUGGUGAAAUUCCCGAAGGUGGUAAAACAGAGAGAUUGCACCCCGUAGAAAUCAAGAUCAACGGGGAAAGUCCUUACAUCGGGGAUCGAUAUGAGAAGGUGCUGGCACCUACCAUGGAGAUGAGUCCAAUUACGAGAGCCGUAUUUCUGGACAAGGGAGCGCAUACCUGUAGCAGCGGCAAGAAUUUACGGGUUGUCCCCAGAGAGGAGCCAGCUGAUCCAUCUCUACAAGUAACCAGAGUCACGGCACAAAAGCGAUGUGAGACUUUGGUUCUGACGUCUCAAGCGUAUCGAUAUAAGUCUGAAGACAUGUUCAUGGCUAUUUCUCGGAGACAGCCUCCCUGGUACAAUCAGUGUGAGGCAGCCAAGGUCAUCCAGGAAGCCAUCCGGAUUGAAGACGACCCAGAAGACAAAGCCCGGGCUCAUCUACAAAUGGCUAUCAUGUGUCAAGUUGGAUACGGGGUGGCCCCAGACAGCUUGAUGGCUCUCAGUCAUCUUGAAGCAGCAUCUCUGAACAACAAGGUAGCUAUGGCUAUCUAUAAUCGAGUUCAUGCAGCAUUGAAACCUGGUCAGAAUAAGACGGAUGCUUCUCGCGUUCGCACGACCGAAAUGAACCUUGACGUCUUUCACGACGGUGUUGCUUGGAGAGAAGCCAGCGGUAAAGCGACUGACGGCUUCAUUAGCCUCGGUUCCAUCUAUGUCGAAUCCUUCAGGAAAUUUCAGAUCUUGGUUAAGAAACACAAGUAUACAUCUCAUCAGCUAUGUGAAGCUCUCACAGCUGCGUGCAGAGACGGUAAUUUCGACGCAGCGAUCGUCAUUGCACAGCAUUGUGAGGACAUAUCCUACAUGGACCCAAACAUGCCCAAUGAUCUGCACUGGUUAAUUCUUUUCAGUCCAACGGAGGCAGCGGAUCUACUUGUAGCCAUGGUGUCUGGCUCGGAACAAAUCGAUAAAGCAAAGCGCCAACAAGCAGUUCCAGCUCUGCUGACGGCUGAGCAUGAACAAGUCAAUGUUAUGCUUCCACACAGAUGUAUUGAAUUACGUGGAACGCCUCUCCACUGGGCGGUUAUUGCUGGAUGUAAAGACCUUGUUGAGCAGUAUGUAAAUCUGGGCGCCGAUAUAAAUAUCAGGACCCAGUGGCGGAAAACUACUCACGAGGACGGCUACACCGAGCACACCCCGGCGUUGAGCCCUCUUGAUCUCGCUGUUGCAGACCACCAUCAUGAGAUUGUAAAGUAUCUUCUCGACCAUGGCAGUGAGGUGUAUGGCGGAGAUUGGCAAUGGACCCAUUCACCGUUUCACAUGGUUGGAUACGAUGCCUUUCCCUUCGCACGGUAUGUGGCUCAUGGUCAGUCGUAUCGGGCUGCCCUUCGAGAGACGAUUCAAGCCCUGCUCCAGAAGGGACUGGACAUCAAUGCUUUGGAUAACACGAAACGAACACCCUUAUUUUCGGCUGUCAAGAACAUGAAUUUGGAAGCAUACGUCCUCGAAGAGCUGCUUCUAGCCGGAGCGGCUCCCGGAGAGGAAAGCGAAAAGCAUCAUGGUAAUAUUGUUGCCUACGCUGCUAUAGACAGCCCUCAUCGUCAGUUGUCAUGGACAAAGAUACCUCUUCUUCUGCCACUGGUCUCAGACAUCAAUGCAUGCACAGUUGGCGAGGGUGGUCUCAAUGCACUUCACUACUGCGCUAUCUUUGAUGCUCUUCCUGCAGCAGAAAUCCUACUUCGGCAACCGACAAUUAAUCUAGAGGCAGAGAGUGCUGUAGGAGCCACUGCGGUGCAUCUAGCAGCCCAGAGAGGGUCCCUGGGCGUCCUGGACCUCUUGAUCAAAUACGGUGCCAAUCUUGAGCGACGAGAACCUCUUGAGGCAGCAAUUUCAGCCGGGCAAAUCGAUGCUCUUAGGAUCUUGCUCGAAGCAGGAUCAAACACGUCAUGGAAGAAUAGGGACGGACAUACUGUAAACAUCCUCGGAUACGCAGUGAGGAUGCAUUCGCAAAGGCCAUCCUAUGUUAGAGCAUGUCUUUCCAAAUGCCCCCAGCUACGAGCCCAGGAAGUCAUCAGCAUGGGCGACGAUCAUGGAUGGACAGCUCUUCACUACAGCGCAUAUUACGGGGACUUGGAUGGUGCCAGGGCACUCAUAGACUACGACGCAGAUAUUGACAGGACAACGUCGCUGGGCUUGACGCCUCUUCAAAUUGCUGUCGAAACUUAUGAGAAGUUGACAGUCUAUGCAAAUGGAGUGGCGCACUUCACAGACCAUCCACGGAUAUUUAAAGACAUUGAUGGCCUUGACAGAAAUAGCCUGACCUAUCCAGAAAAAUCGCGACGUAUAGAGAUGGCUUUCAAGGACUCUUUGUUUGAAGUCAUCAGAGUGCUUCAGCAAGCGGAACGAGAGAAACACCCAGGGAGGACUGUGAAGGAAGUGAGUCGAAGUUUGGGAAAGGUUCAGACCGAAGGAUACAUGUCGCAAGAGGAUGUCAGAAAUCACCAUCGGGAUCUGGCUUUCACAGCGGCUAGAAUAGAGAAAUAA